AGGCGACUUCAUCUGGGAACGAAUCAAUAAAACAAGUUGGAAAAACAGGGAUACGCCGGUGGGGGAAAAAAAAACAAAACAUAUCGGAAGAGUGAUUUUCUGCACGGACAUAAAAUGAAAGGGUUACCUGGCUGCAUUUUGGAUUUCGAGUCUUUUAUUGCCCCGCUGCGACUUUGACACAAGAGUUGCGCAGUCUCUACAGGAGUUGUCUGUUGGGGAGGAAUUUCGGGCAACACGGAAUCAAACUUGAGUUGGAGCUCCAGGAAUAUUGUGAAGAAAGACACAAAAGCACCACUGCCACCAUGGACAAUGAAAUGUGCUACUACAAUGAGACCAUCGCCUUCUUCUACAACCGCAGUGGCAAGACCCUCGCCACUGACUGGAACUUCGUCAGCCGGCUGGUGAUGGGCCUGGGCAUCACCGUGUGUAUCUUCAUCAUGCUCGCCAACCUCCUGGUGAUGAUCGCCAUCUACGUCAACAGGAGAUUCCACUUCCCCAUCUACUACCUGAUGGCCAACCUGGCGGCUGCUGACUUCUUUGCCGGACUGGCCUACUUCUACUUGAUGUUCAACACAGGGCCAAACACCCGGCGCCUGACCGUGUCCACGUGGCUGCUGCGCCAGGGCUUGAUCGACACCAGCCUGACGGCAUCCGUGGCCAACCUGCUCGCCAUUGCAAUCGAGCGCCACAUCACCGUGUUCCGCAUGCAGCUGCACACACGCAUGAGUAACCGCCGCGUGGUGGUGGUGAUCGUCAUCAUCUGGACCAUGUCCAUAGUCAUGGGGGCCAUCCCCAGUGUGGGGUGGAACUGCAUCUGUAGUCUUGAGCACUGCUCCAACAUGGCGCCGCUCUACAGCAACUCCUACCUGGUCUUCUGGGCGGUGUUUAACUUGGUGACUUUUGUUGUCAUGGUGACACUCUAUGCCCACAUCUUUGUCUAUGUGCGCCAGAGGACCAUGAGGAUGUCGCGGCACAGCUCCGGGCCGCGGCGCAACCGAGAUACCAUGAUGUCUCUGCUGAAAACCGUGGUGAUUGUGUUGGGUGCGUUCAUCGUCUGCUGGACCCCCGGCCUGGUCAUCCUCCUCCUCGACGUCUUCUGCUCCAGCUGCAACGUCCUCACGUAUGAGAAGUUCUUCCUGCUCCUCGCCGAGUUCAACUCGGCCAUGAACCCCAUCAUCUACUCCUACCGCGACAAGGAGAUGAGCGCCACCUUCAGGCAGAUCCUGUGCUGCCAGCGGCAGGAAAACGUCAAUGGGACACUGGCGGACGGGUCUGACCGGUCGGCAUCAUCCACCAACCACACGGUGCUGAGCGGCGGCGGGCACCACCACCACCACCACCACAACAACGAACACUCGGUGGUAUAAAAAGGAAGGGCUGGAGAUGGCAGUGAUUAAUCCAGCUGCUUGAAGGAGGUUAAUCUGUGCUGGAGAUACUGACUGAGAGAAGGUGAACAGGAAGGUCAAGAGGGACUGCGAACAUGAUACAAACUAAAGACAGUAAGGUGAUCACUCGGAGAAUGAAGAUUAGGUAGAUGAGUUGAUGACGAGCUGGAUGAGAUCACAGCGAAGAAGAGGAUAGCGUCUUCAAGGACUCUGAUGGGCUGUUAGUAGUUCUGCUUAGUUGUUUAUGAAUUGUUUUAAAUGUGUUGUCAUGGACAACGCUGAUAUGAACUAUUUAAAAGUAAUCUGUGAAAUGAAGGUAAUGCCAGUACUCCAGUCUUUGUAUCCGGUGAUUUCACUCUUCUUUCCCUCAAUCCCCAUUCUUAAAGAUCUCAUAACCAUAAUUAUACAGACCUGUUACAUUCGGACAGCAUCACUCUACUUUACAUUUCCCUCCACAUCCAUUGGAGGACUGUUUUUGUCUUUUUCCUUAAUGCCUGGAAAGACUUCAAAUUCUGAGAAAUACAAACCAACAGAUGCACCCUUGCACUCACAACGUGCAACUGAACUUCAAUACAAGUUAUCUCCAGCAGCUUUAACUUUAAAAAUGACCUUGUAAUUUUUUUUUCUCUACAGUAUUUAGAUCCAUUUCAAGGGUUUUAACUUUUUCAAAAUGCAGACGUCAAAGUGAAACAUUUAUGGGACAUCCUGCUGAUGCUCAUAAGAUUCAUGAAUAUAUCAAUACUGACAUGUUUGAAGUGUUUAGCGACUUACCAAAAAUUAUCAUUAUGGAUUGAUUUAAGUAACCGGAGCCGUUAUUCAUUUCCCCAGCAGAUUCCUCAUUUAUCUUUCAAUGACAAGUGACCUUACAACCUAAACUCAUUAUUCCACUGAUCCUCUUCUCCCACUGAUAAGGCUUUAGUGAAUCCAGUUUCUUCCUUCCGUCCAACUUAAAUACAUGAGGCGUCCGGGAUCUGUUGUUUGUUCCCUCUAAGGAAUUAGAGACAAGUUGUUCCAGGGAUCUCACCAAAAAGGGGAGGAUGUUUGCGGUUUUAGAACAGGCUCCGUGCCACGAUGUUAUGUGGAGACAAGGUGAAGGUCAUCUCUGCCGAGUGUUAGCAGACUUCGGAUCCCAACAUGAAAUGUGCUGAGCUGUCUGCCUCUCUUGUUGUUUUACGAAAUGUCUCCACGAGGCUGACUGAGGAAGAAGUGAAUGUGAAAGUAAAAUUAAAUGUUUACUCAUUGUGAGAGGUGGCAAGAUGGGCCGCAACUUAUGUUUAUAACAUGGACAUGCAGAUAAAAUUAGUGCCUGCCUGAAUUUGUAAUCAUCUUUGCCAUCAAAUGAAACAGAAGUAACAGUUUUGACUCCAAUCCCUGACCUGCAAAGUCCGCAAGUCCAUCUGAUGGUCAUAUAUCACAAUUAUAUUUCAGUCUGGACCAAACAGGUCGACUGACCCACAAACCCACCGCCAAAUUGCAUUGCCAUACAUAGAGCGCUAGCUUGGCCAAUACAAAUCCAGUUUGCAACUGGUCAGUGGUCAAUCAUUACAUUGUGUUCCAAUAUUUUUCUCCAUAAUUUUGAAAAGAACAGUUUGGCCCCGCCUACUAAAUGUAACUCAUUAGCUCCUUUUCAGUUUAGCCGCUAAUAAAUAUUCACUAAAAUCCCAAAACACCAAUGUGCAUCUUUUAUGACAGUAUUCAUGGUAAUUACCAUUUUAGUAUUUCCUCAUUUUCUUAUGAAGUUCACUCUUACAGUACCACAGUACCUGGCUUUAAAAACACUCAAAGGAGGAUUUGAAAAUAUUGAUCCUGUUAACCAAAAACUGAAUGUCAUGUACACAUUUCUUUUUUUUACUUGCUGCGACAGUGUUAUCGGUGAUAUGAAGGAAUACAGAUGUCCAUCCAAAAUAAUAUAUGACGUUUUGUUUAUGUCACUAUAUGAGAUGGUUGAAGUUAUGAAAAUGUUUUUUUUGUGAAUCAGUCCUUUAUUUGGAAAUGCUGCAGAUACAAAUAAUCCAAACCUUUUUCUUGAUCUCUGUCUCCUCGCUGUCCCUCCUCAUGGCGUCUUGAUCAGAGGGACACUCGUGUUUAAAGCUUCCCAGUGAUUUUAAAGGUACAGUGUGUAGGAUUUGGCGGCAUCUAGAGGUGAGGGUUUCAGACUGUAAAAACUUCUCCCCUGUGGAGAGCCCACUCUGGGCUACUGUAGAAACAAAGCAGCCUGCUCCGUAAAGAGGACCCGUUCAGUAAUUAGAUAUAAACAGCGUUUUUGAAGAUUAACAAAAACAAAACCAUUCCUAUUUUCAGAUGCUUAUACCCUACUGUAGAUUCUCCAAACGCUACACAUUGUACCUUUAAGGUGGCACAUAUUACUGAUUGGACUUGUCUCAUGCGUAACCUGGUGACAAGCAUUAAGUGGGGUUCUGAUCAUGUUGAUGUUUAUCACAAAAACUUUAUGGAUUUUUUUUCCACAACACAACAUUAAGAAUUUGUGGUAGUCUAUUCUUUAUAAAGGGGCACUGACAACAAUGACGUAUCACAGUUUACUCUUAAGAUAAUACUCUUGUACAGAGUUCAGCCAAUGCAGUGUUGAAUGAUGAUAUCUUAUUUCCUCUAGUGCACUCCUCCUUCUUCUAUGAACUUGAGAAUCAACUGAAGUCAGUCGGCCUGGUGAUGCUAUGACGUAUGUUGUUAUAAAAUCACCAGCUGAACGUUUUUUUGUCGUGACUCGAAUCAAAGCACAUUUUGGCCAAAAUACAUAGACAGAGCUCCAAACAAGCUAACAGAAAAGUGAGAGUCGCGGCCAAAAGCACAGCCAGAUGUUUUCCAGGAAGCAAGAUGUUUGUCAGGGAUUUAAACUGCAGCGCUGAAAUGAAUUCAGCUGGUAUUGUUGUGCCUUUUGGAGUUGGCCAAAAUGUUGCCCUGUUUAUGAGGCAUCUUGAGUUCUUUUAUUCAGAAUUAUGAUUCUAUUUUUCACAGUUUUCGCCUUAAAUCGUUAAUUGUGCCUUUACACUAUACAAAAGCCGACAGAGAAAGCUCAAAAUGCUAAGGCAACAAUCUUAGGUUGUCAUUUGAACUUUAUUCCUUUAGUUUUGCCGUUGAGCUUGUCCAUCCUUUACUUCUUUUAACUUCACAAAUUGCCUCAAAAGAGUAACAACAGCAGCAGUAAAAGUGCCACUCAUUUUAUCAUUUACCAAACUUCUAUGGCUCUGGACCUAACCCUCCAUAUCUGACUUUCACUGUAACCAUUUUUCUAACAAGUAAUGCUUCAGGUUAUAUAGCAAACCAACUAAACUUUCUGUCUUUGUAUGCCUCUGUUUACCAGUGUGUCACUAUUUGUACACCGUUGUAAGUAUAUAUGUACAGUAUGUAUGUAUAUAAAAUAUAUUAUUCAAAGUUAAUCACCAAAGGGAAAGUGUUUUUGUGUUUGUAAAUUUAAGUGUAUUAUAAUCUGUCCAAACGUACUGUAGGAUUUUGUUAUGGUAUAUGUCAUGAGCUCUGAGGUUUUGUGACCCUGAUUAAUGCAUUUCCUGUAGAUUAUUAUUACGGUUAUUAAGUUGUCUGUGACCCAGAACUAGAUAUCUAUGUGUGCAGUGCCUUCCGGUCCUCCUCCUGAAAGAGUAACUUUGAACCAGGCUGAGAAGCAGUGUUUCACUGCCCUUUAAAGGGUUGAAAGUGUGCCUUGCUGCACUUAUAACCACACCCAUCAGUGAUGUCACAGUGUCCUGGAGUACGCUUGUACAUCACUGCAACGAGGUGGCCAGUUAAAUCAGUGGCGGUCAGUAUAUUGCAAGAUCUUCAGGUGGUUUAAAUUUACUCUUUAACUGCAUGUGUUGCUAACAACUUCGUUUUCCAAUUGCCUUAAAGUACAACAAAGAUUAAUGUCAUAGUUACCUUUACAGAAAUUUUUCCUUUUUGUUAUUUGUAUUUUCACAAAUUCAAAAAAAUGACAUUAAAAGAGUAGAAACUCAUGAAUACAGAUGGUUUUGUUUUCAGUGUGAUUUAAUAAAAAUAAAUAUAACAUUCAUAACCUCAAAUGUGGAGACAGUAAUUAAGAAUUAAAAGUGAUCAAUUAAUUUUUGUCUUUUUGUUUAACAUCAUUAUACAGGGCAACAUUCCCUGGCUGCAUAUGACUCAUUUUAAAACAAUUCCAUUGUUUUCUAUGUAAGUCCAAACACUAUUACGCAUGUCAGGGUAGGACAAUGUCCUUAUGUGUGUUGCACUUAAUAAAUGUUGUCAUUUUCUUCCCAAAAACUGUUCACCCCAAAGUGUUUUCAUAGAAUUAUUAUAUGUACGUUAUCAGGAGCAACCGGCAAGAUCUUCCUAAUUGUCUAAAAGUCUGUUCUUCCAAAGUGAAACAUUGCUUUAAAAUGUUUUUUGUUGCCAAGCCUACCAGAUUAGUUUGUAGAAAGUAAGUGUGACACAGACGUCAGUGUGAUUUCCAUACUAUCUAUACUGUACGGGCCAAUAUCAAUGAAUGUCCACCUAGAGUCAUAGUGUUAAUAUCCCAGCAACAAUAAAAACAUGAUAAA